UCCUGGGUGGGAGGAUCUCAGUGUAAGGGGCUCAGGGGCGCCACCAGCAGGUAGUGCAAGUCCACCUGCCCCCUAAUACACACUGAGCCCUUCAAAGCCAACAGCGACUUACAGGCUGCUCCCCUGGCGUCCCAGCUACUGUUUUCACGGAGAACCCGCCGGCCGGCUCGCCGGGGUCGUGACUGCUCCGCCCCCUCCGACGGGAGCCAAUGGGAGCCGAGGCCCCGCCCCUGAGCAAUCACCUCCCGAGAGUAUUUAGGGGCCCCGUGUCCAGGAGGACACUCGCAAGGCUGGGGAAACCCGAGAAGGGAGCCGGGGAGCGCAGCUCAGACUGCAACCGGGAGCGGGAGCUGCCGGCUGUGCGGGUGGAGCUCGCAUCCUGCCUCCCAGGCCACCGGCCGGAACAGAGUGGGGUUCCCAGAGCUGCGCUCCGCAGAGCGGCGGACCCACCCCAGGUGGUCCCGCCAUGACCUGGCCGGUGCUGCUGGGCGCACUGCUAUGCACGCUACACCUCGGCUCAGGCUCCCUGGACUCCGAGGGCUCCGUGCCCCUGGCGCCCCUUAACUGUCCCCACAAGUGCAUCUGCGCUGCCGACCUGCUGAGCUGCGCGGGCCUGGGGCUGCAGGACGCGCCGGCCGCCUUACCCGCGGCUGCUGCCGACAUCGACCUGAGCCACAACGCGCUCCAGCGCCUGCGCCCCGGCUGGCUCACGCCCCUCUCCCAGCUGCGCGCCCUGAGCCUGGGGCACAACCAGCUGGAGGCCCUGGGUCGCGGCGUCUUCACCAACGCCAGCGGCCUGCGGCAGCUCGACCUGUCCUCCAACUCGCUGCGGGCGCUCGGCCGCCACGACCUCCACGGGCUGGGGGCGCUCGAGACGCUGCUUCUGUUUAACAACCGCCUGGCGCACUUGGACCGGCUGGCCUUCCAGGGCCUGGGCGCGCUCCGCUGGCUCUACCUGGGCUGCAACGAGCUGGCGUCCUUCUCCUUCGACAGCCUGCACGGGCUCAGCGUGACCCACCUCCGCACCCUGGACCUCUCCUCCAACCGCCUGGGGCGGGUCCCCGUGCCGGACCUGGCCGCGCUGCCGGCCUUUCUCAAGAACGGCCUUUACCUGCACAACAACCCGCUGCCCUGCGACUGCCGCCUCUACCACCUGCUGCAGCGCUGGCACCAGCGGGGGCUGAGCGCCGUGAGCGACUUCGCGCGCGAGUACACCUGCCUGGCGUUCCGGGUGCCCACCUCCCGCGUGCGCUUCUUCGCGCACAGCCGCGUUUUCGAGAACUGCUCGGCGGCCCUGGCUCGGGGCCUGGAGCAGCCGGAAGAGCAGCUGCAGGUGCAGGUGGGCGGGCCCCUGAGGCUGGACUGCAACACCAGCGCCCCUGCCCGGCACAUCGCCUGGGUCUCCCCGCAGCGAGAGCUGCUGGUGGCGCCAGGAUCCCGCAACGGCAGCAUCGCGGUGCUGGCCAACGGCAGCCUGGCCAUCGGGAGCGUGCAGACCUGGCACGAGGGCGUCUUCGUGUGCCUGGCCACCGGGCCCCGCCUGCAGCACAACCAGACGCACGAGUUCAACGUGAGCGUGCACUACCCGCACCCCGCGCCCGAGGCUUUCAACACCGGCUACACCACGCUGCUGGGCUGCGUGGUGGGCCUGGUGCUGGUGCUGCUCUACCUGUUCGCCCCGCCCUGCCCCGGCUGCCGCCGCUGCUACCGGCGCGCCUGCUGCUGCCGCCGCCGGCCCCGCACCCCCAGCCCGCUGCAGCAGCUGAGCGCGCAGUCCUCGGUGCUCAGCGCCACGCCGCCCGACGCCCCCAGCCGCAAGGCCAGCGUCCACAAGCACGUGGUGUUCUUGGAGCCGGGCAGGAGGGGCCUCAACGGCCGAGUGCAGCUGGCGGUGGCGGAGGACUUUGACCUCUACAACCCCGUGGGUCUGCGGUUCAAGGUUGGCUCUGAGUCCACGAGCUCCACGGGCUCCGAGGGGCUGGUGAUGAGCUAGCGGCCCAGGGCGCCCCCCCGAGGCCACACCCACUGGCCGCUGGCCCUGCUCCCUGCUACGCAGAGAACUACCAGGCGCCGUGGUAGGCCCUCCCUCGCACAGCGGCCCCUCUCACUGGGCUGUCUCGGCACAGGGCCUGCCGUGCCCCUUUCCUGGGGACACGAGCAUGGGAACCGAGGUCCACCUGGAGAGCCCUGGCCUCAGAGCAGGGGCCGCUGAGGGGGAGGGAGUGGGUCAGGGGAAGGGGAGAUGGGGCCCCAUCCCCAGGUGGAAGUGGAAACAACCCCCCACACACACACUCCAACAGCCAACCUCCUCCCAGCUUCCCAAGUCCAGGCCGAGUCUGGUGGGCAGGCGGGAGGCAGGCAAGGCUCCUCAAGAGACCCCUGGGCCUGGCCUGGCCCCACCAAGUGGCCCUGCUCCCGUGGGGCC